AUCCUGUCUGCCGUUUUACUAAAUAAAUCAUCGAUACAAAAAGCGGGCUCAAACUCAGUCUCCACUUCCUAGUCACGUGAUCUUUCUAAAGUUUGAACCUCGGGCUUAGACUAGAAAGGUGCGUUCGACUUGAAGCACGGCUACAGACGGCGGCCAACGAGAGUAGCAGGUUGCAGUCGGGGCGGAGUUGAAAACGGACACGUCAAGCCGGCCACUUUCUGCUCCCGUUAGUGACGCUCAGGCGGUGUUUGCAUACUCUGUCACAGAUGAAGUGAAUAAAAUGCAAUAUUUGUCAAAUACACAGACGUUUCAGAAACGUUUUCAUGAGCAACAGAAACACUUUUUAUAUACUGCUUAAAGGUGCCAUAGGUGAUUGUCUUCAGAAACAUUUUUUGUUAUGCUGGUUGAAAGUCUCUUCACAUCCCGAUAGCAAUCAUUAAGUUAAGUGGUCUAAAUGUAUUUAUCUAUAUUUAUAUAUUCUGUGGAAGGCGUAGGACCAAGAAAUGUUCGUCCAAUCAAAACGGUCGGUCUGAGGCCUCCGAGCGUUUUAAUUGGCUUUCCUACCUGCCUGUCAACGUAUGUAUUUGCAUACCUCUGCGCACCCUGUUCACGCAGACAGGAUACGUCAUCAGUGCGAUCACGCCCGCUGUGCAAAUAGAGCCAGAAUGGCAGGCAAACAUCAACAACCCGAUUUUCCUUCCUGGUAUUGUAGUACUUUUAACUGUUCUAUAAAGCUUUCUCACUGGUGAAUGACACAUGAUGUAACCCAGUCCUCGCGCCCCCCGCUCUGCAUAUAUUGCAUGUCUCACUUAAGCCCCUUUCACACAGAGAUUCCGGAAAAUACACGGAUAAUGUGUUCCGUGAUUUGUCCCGGGAUCGUUUGAGUUUGGUUCAUUCACACUGCCAGCGAUUUUCCGGAAUAUGUGUGUGCGUUCACACACAUCCCGUAAAGACACGUGACAUUACGAUGUGACGGGUAAUGUGACGUGUACCGUUUCACUAAAGCUGGCGACUAUUGUGGAAAGCCAAAUGGUUCAGAAUUCGCCUACUUUUCACCGCCGUAUCAAUAUUAAAACGCCGUUUUCAUAACGCCACCAGGCAAUAAGUUAACUGCAGACACCACCACGCGUUAAAAUAAGGCCACAUGCCGACCGACGUUAAGUUUACGCUACACGCCACUUGAGAUGCAGAUUUAUUCACUCAUCUACAUGGACACACCUCUCAUGGUUACGAGGAAUCUACCGCAAGUCUGAGCAUCCAGUUUGCUAGAACGCGAAGAUGGCAAGGAGAGCGUUUGUUUUGCAGUGUAAACACACUGUAAAUGACUGCACUCGCCUUUUACUGCCUGAUAAUCCGGGGCCUGAUGUCUUUCAGUCAUCAUUAAACAGACUUCAAACCAUGUUGAGGAGCCUGGAAUGGGCAAAGGGGAGGCUUCUACAUACUCAGGCAGCAGAUGAGAUCAUCCAUGAAGUAUCCAAAUUUAUUCAGGAGAUUCAAACUUCUGAACCGAGAGCACAGGAAGACACUGGAUAUCGACCUCCACUGAUUCGUAGUGGAUCCAGUGGCGCACCGUCUUAUGUUAUUACUCAGGAUCAAUUGUCGUUUCUGUUGUCUUGUGGCUUCACUGUAACACAGAUUGCACAUAUUCUACACACCUCCAUAUCUACAGUCAAGCGACAUUUAAGAUGGAGGAUAGUAAUUCAUGGUGCCAUUGAUGGCUACAGUCGGCUCGUCACCUUUCUCCGUGCAUCUAACAACAAUCGCAGCAGCACUGUCAUGAACUGCUUCUUGGAUGCCAUUUCCAAAUAUGAAGUCCCUUCCAGAGUAAGGACUGACCACGGUGGAGAGAACAAUGCAGUGUGCUUGUUCAUGAACCUGUUCAGAGGCACCGGACGAGGGAGUGCUCUUAGAGGAAGAAGUACACACAAUCAGAGGAUUGAAAGACUUUGGGUCGAUCUGUGGCGUGGGGUGUCAAAUGUGUACUAUGACCUUUUCCACUUUCUUGAGAGUGAGGGCAUUGUGGAUGUAGAUAAUGAAAUGCACAUGUGGGCUCUGCAAUAUGUCUACAUCCCAAGAAUUAACAAAGACUUGACAAAUUUUACACACCAGUGGAACAAUCAUGGUUUGCGAACCGAAAGACACCAGUCACCUCUACAAAUCUUUGUCCAGGGUUGCCUGGCACAACAGAGGCUGCCAAGUACUGCAAUGCAGGAGAUAUUUGCAUCAAGACCCUCAGACUCCGUUGGAGGAGAGACUAAUCCAGCAGAGCUAAUUGGUGGUGGCAGUCAUUCUGUAUCAGGAGCGGUAUCUCAUGUGCAUUGGCUUGAACGAGUUACCGCACCUCCAAACCAGUUCACUGUGACCGAUGAUGAGAUGCAGCAACUCGCAGAACAAAUUGAUCCACUUGGAGGUCCCCGGGAAAAUCGGAAAAUUCAAUCAAAAGUUGUUAACAAAAAAAUUUAAAACUAUUUCAUCAGUAAUUCUACAUCACUCCAAAAGUGGGGGAUUGCAAAAUGCCACUUCCUUCUAGUAAAAAUGAACAGGAAAAAAAAAGAAAAAGUUAAUGACCAUUUUACAGAAUACAGAAUGCCAGUGAAGUAGUUUUGUCACAGUUUUUUGUACUCAUGUUCUUCCAAACCCAUAUAAGUUUCCUCAUCCCAGAUAAAAAUAAAGUAUACUUGAAUGGACUAAAAAAAAAAAAAAAAAAAAAAAAAAAAAAAAAAACUUAAAA